AUGAAGGACUCCUCAUCGCUGACCACCACCACCACAUCGUCGCUGAAGAACAUUCGCUUUGUCCGCUACGGCGACCUGGUCCUCCUCAAUGAGUCCUCACUGGCGAAGUUGGGCCUUGAUGCGAGCACCCUGUCUCAGGACGACGAAGCCCUGCGGCGACUGAAGGCGACCUUCCGCUGCUCGAGGCUGGCCCUGAAGCGGCACAUCAACGACGACGACUUUCGCAGUCCCAAUGUGGUGAUACUGAGAGGCAAAGAAGAGGACGACAGCGAACCGAUUGACCCGUGGGUCGUUCAGGUGGACAACGGCAUCAGGUACUGCUUCAACAUUGAGAAGUCCAUGUUCUGCAAAGGGAACAUCAAGGAGAAGCUGCGCCUCUCCAAGUUGGACUGCUCGCAGGAGGUAGUGGUCGACCUCUUCGCCGGCAUCGGCUACUUCGCACUGGUCUUCGCCGUCCACUGCCGCGCCCGCCAGGUCUUCGCCUGCGAAUGGAACCCGACAGCGGUGGAGGCACUUCGCCGCAAUGCCCUCCUCAAUCGGGUUGAAGAAAGGGUGGUGAUCCUCGAGGGCGACAACCGCCUGGUCUGUCCGGUGGGCGUCGCCAGUCGCGUGAACAUGGGCCUCAUUCCCAGCAGCUUGGCCAGUCUGGAGACGGCCUGCCGAGCGCUGGACGUGCUCACCUUCAGCCGUCUCACGCUGCACGUUCAUGAGAACCUGACGUAUGAACUGAUGAAGAGGCCAAAAGAAGAGGAGGAAGAUAAGAAGUCAAAAAGAGAGUCCACCGAGCUGGCCAGAAGACGCUGGGCGCAGGGAAUCGUCGAGCAGGUUCGAGACACCUUCUCCAAGGUCCAUCCAGGCCUAUCAUCGACAGUCGAGGCUCAGGAGGUGGUCUGCAUCAAGUCCUACGCGCCGCACAUCGACCACAUGGUCGCCGAUGUGGUCAUUCAAUUGUAG